AUUUUGACUAGUGUAGAUGUAUUAAAUUUUGUAAAUUUGUAAAAAAAAAACAAUUUUUCCCAAAUUCCAAAUUUUUCAAGUGUUAUGCAAUAGUUAAACAUUUUAUAGAUUGUUUAAGCAAAAAUAAAGAUAAUAAUAAAAAGACCUCCUCCUCCAUUUAAUUUUGAAGAUCUUCGGUAAAAGACUGCGACACCAUCUCCUACAUUAUGUGUUCCCCAUGCGGCCCUAUGGUAUGUUACAAAUAUGAAGACUGCGGUCCACCGAAAGGAAAAGCUUUUGAGAGUACUUCCAAAGCGGAGGAGGGUGGUGCGGAAAAAAAGGAUGAAAAAGAAAACCAGCUGAAAAGAACAAAGAGCCGUGAGCUGCGUGGAGGGGUCAUGUAUUAUAGCUGCCAUUGUAUCAAGCGAAAUGGACUUCAGCACGAUUGUCGACGAACUGGUUGUGGCGGCGAGCCAACCUGUUUGGUGUUACCGGAUCCAGUCUGUGCCCCCAGUCAGCUAGCUCGAGCCCGAGGUCUCGCAGAUCCUGCGCCUUUUGCAGCACACUUAAGUGCACAAAGUGGUGGUGGGUCUGGUGUUGCAGAUUCUGGCUCCAGUGGUGGUAAAAGGUUCAUUGUGUGUGAACUGAAAGGAAUCUUACCAGACGUGGCAUCGGAUAAAGGAGGCAAAUGCUGUAAGUGUCUUGUUACAGCCGAAGUUCCUAGACGAAGCUCUGCUUUUGCGUCUGUCAAUGUAGCUAAACCUCUGUAUAGUCCAGACGUAUGUAAGGGUUCUUGCACAAGUAAUUCUAGUAAAGCAUAUACUCAGUCGUCCCUGCUUGAGUUCGAUGAAAAAACAAUUGCUACUAUUUUAAAGCGUUUUGAGAGUAAGGAAUCGGCUCCAAGCAAUGUUGUAGUAGGACCGGGAGGUCGUAUUCGGAAAACUGUGAAACCAGUUCAUAAAGAAGAACCUUGUACAAGACCAGGAUGUAUGCACUGGCAACCACCACCGCCUUGCGUGUGGAAUGCUCCCUGUAAAGCGGACUGUUUCGAAACUCUGUCCGGAAUACAGCCUGGUCAUAAUUUGAAGGGUACAGGAGCUAGUCAACAGUUAGGUCACAGUAAUAAUGUGUUAAGAGAGUCUCAUCGUACAGUUGAGAAGAUCAAGUUAUUGAUGCCUGAAUGUUGUACAGGUUGUUCUGCAUCUGGUGUCGGUGGCGGGACUUCUAGCGAUGGCAGCCAUGCAGCAGGUUUGCCUGUGCUGGUGAUGAAGCUCUGUUAGCAGCCAGCGAAAGUUCAAAGGCUUAAGAAAAAGUGGAAACUACCCAAAUAUUAUCAAAUAAAGUUCUUUUUUCACAUAUAUU